UGUUUCUUGCAUCUCCCAAUUCUGCAGCUUCUAACAUAGUCGUGCUCUUUGAGCUGAAAAUUUUCAUGGCUUUGACGGUUGACUUUUUGCAAGAAUGUUUCUUUUCCCAUUUUGCUGAUGUUAUAUCUUGACAUCUUAAUCACCAUCUUGUCUGUCGACGCUUGUGCUGACCCUUUUUACUUCUAAACGCAUAGGAUUUAGGUCCACUUGCUUGCUUGCUUCAAGAGAAUGAGGUCACUAAAGUAAUUACGUGGCUGACUGAAAAAAUCUGAUUAUAAGUGUUUUACUGAGUUUCUCAAUUGCAUCUUUUCUAGUGGGGUAAAAAGAGUUUGAUCUCUGCUGAAGAAAUUGCGGUUACUGUAAAACUCUUUUCCUCAGUGGUAACUCCACCUCAGUCUAUCAUGUCGGCUUCACGAAAGAUGACACAGUCUAUUCAUAGUCCCUGUACUCAAUCAGCCUGUUUGGUUGUACAAAAGUUUUUCUCAUCCUGAGAGGUAAAGGGACGAGUGCAAUAGAGUUGUUGUGAAUGAAUCUGAAGAUUGUCCAAAAGUCGACUUCAAAUUAUUUUUGUACACGUUGAACUUCACAUGAUAUGAGUCACAAGGAUUUUAGAACAACAUAGAACUGCAGUUGGUCGAAAAAGUAAUAGUAUUAGCUUUUUUAGAAUUCAAGCAAGAUUUCUGCCCCAGGAUCUGGUUUCACAUGGGCAGACAGCCUCUGGUAAUUGUGGCUGAUCCAGAACUUUGCAGAGAAGUUGGGAUAAAGAAAUUCAAAGACAUCUCCAACAGAAGCAUUCCAUCUCCUAUAGCAGCAUCUCCCCUGCAUCAGAAGGGUCUCUUCUUCACCAGGGAUGCUAGGUGGUCAACAAUGCGAAAUACCAUACUGUCGGUGUAUCAGCCAUCUCACCUUGCCAAGCUGAUACCAACAAUGCAAUCAUUUAUAGAAGCUGCAACUGAAAAUCUUGAAUCGCAAGGAGACAUGACUUUCUCUGAACUCUCCCUGAAAUUGGCUACAGAUGUUAUUGGACAAGCUGCUUUUGGAGUAGACUUUGGUCUCUCCAAGCCCAAAGCAGGCAAUGAAUCUGCCAAUAGAAUGAGCCACCAGCAAAAUGAUAUUGAAGUCCAAGACUUUAUCAAUCAACACAUAUAUUCUACAACACAGCUUAAGAUGGACUUGUCUGGAUCCUUUUCAAUCAUAUUGGGGCUGCUUGUUCCCAUACUACAAGAGCCAUUCCGCCAGAUUCUUAAAAGGAUACCUGGAACUAUGGACAGAAAAGUAGACCAAACCAACCAGAAUUUGACUCGCCGGCUUGAUGGAAUUGUGGCUAAGAGAAUGAAAGAAAAGAGCCUUGACUCAAAGGACUUUUUGUCGCUCAUAUUGCGUGCAAGGGAGUCAGAGACAACAUCAAGGAACUUCUUUACACUAGACUAUAUCAGUGCUGUAACUUAUGAACAUUUACUUGCUGGUUCAGCAACCACAUCAUUUACAUUAUCGACUAUUAUCUAUUUGGUGGCUGGACAUCCAGAAGUUGAGAAGAAAUUGCUGAAAGAGAUUGAUGAGUUUGGUCCUCGUGAUCAGAUGCCUACUGCCCAUGAUCUUCAACACAAUUUUCCAUAUCUUGAUCAGGUGAUCAAAGAGGCAAUGAGGUUCUAUACAGUUUCCCCCUUAGUUGCAAGAGAAACAUCAGCAGAAGUAAAGAUUGGAGGUUAUAUCCUUCCAAAGGGUACAUGGGUUUGGCUGGCUCUUGGAGUUCUUGCUAAAGAUCCAAAAAAUUUUUCAGAACCAGACAAGUUCAAACCUGAGAGAUUUGAUCCAGACUGUGAAGAACAGAAGCAAAGGCAUCCUUAUGCAAAUAGUCCCUUUGGAAUAGGGCCACGAGCAUGCAUAGGCCAGAAAUUCUCCAUACAAGAACUUAAACUUUCGAUGAUUCAUCUGUACAGGAAGUAUAUAUUUCGUCAUUCUUCAGACAUGGAAAAACCUUUGGAACUUGACUAUGGCAUAGUACUGAACUUUAAGCAUGGUGUCAGGGUAAGAGCUAUCAAACGUACUUGAAUGACAAUAAACAAAGGAACAAGAAAAGAAAGAAAAUCAGCUUGGUGAUCGUUCCAUAUAAUGGUGAAUUUGAUUUUCCCAAUGUUACAAUGAUGAAUGAGCCAUUCUACGAAAUGCAUUCCAUGCAGCAGAUGAUCUUAUUAUGUACCUAGUUGGUUCCAGAGCAGAUGUUCAUGUGAUGGACCAAACACAGCUAUGAUCCUGCCAUCUUCUACAGGCAGGGUGGUAGCAGUCUGGUAGAUUGAGUAAUUUGGGAAAGUUGUGCUUUGGGGUCUUGCAAGGCUUUUGAGUCUUCCAUUGGACCCGAAAAAGAAAAGUUCUACUUUGUUCAAUGAUUCCACGGAUCUCUACUAAAUAUGCC